GAAAAACUCUCUCUCUCUUUCUCUGUCAAUUUCGAAGCUCGUUUAACGGGGAGUAGCCGGUAAACCGGCGGGCAGAAGCCGGUUACUAAGAAGAGGGCGCCGUACGGGUGGUGGGCACAUGGGUCGGCCUUUGCCGUUGCCCCUGUUUCUCCAAGUCCUCGGCCAUGGCAGUUGGUAAUGCAUUUAUAGUGUGUGAGUGUGAGUGAAAGUGUUGCUCUCUCUUUUUCUUCCUUCUUCCUCCUAUUUUAUUUUCUCUCUCUCUCAUCAUCCGUCCGUCCCUUCUUUCCUUCCUUUGCUCCUCUUCCCUCCUCGAUUCCUGUGCUCUUCUUCUUCUUCCAGCAGUUUCAAAUUCCUCUCCUUCCUUCUCCUCUCUCCUACUCCAUCGACGACGAUCCGGCCACUUUUCCGAGACGGAGGCGGUUGAUAAUUUUGUUGCAUUCUUUUUUCUGCUUGGUACAGGCAUCCAUCCAAUUGCUUCUUCUGGGCUCUGUGCACCGAUUUACUCUACUCCACUCCACUCCCUCACUGCAGCUCGGAAUUUUUACAACUUGAGUUGAGCGCUGUUGAUCCAGAAACCCAAAUGAGUGUCUGAAAACCAUUUCGCCAAUUAGCAAUCACCCAUUAAAAAGCUGCCUCUGCUUCUUGUUGACACGAUGAAAAUUCCGUGCCUUUCGGGAUUGCUGGAUUAGGGUUCUUCUGGGGAUUAAGAGGCGGGCGUGAUUGUUGUGAGUUUCUUCUGCUAUUGGGGGGGAUUAGAGAGAGAGAAAAGAUACAAAAAAAGGUAUGCUGGAGGCCAGUGAGCUUUGCUCUGCUCGCAUGCUUUCACCUUUUAGGGACGAGAGUGGUGAUGAAGAGCUCUCCGUCCUGCCAAGGCACACCAAGGUCGUUGUCACUGGAAACAACAGAACCAAGUCUGUUCUUGUGGGCUUACAAGGCGUGGUCAAGAAAGCUGUUGGCCUUGGAGGCUGGCAUUGGCUGGUCUUGAAAAAUGGGGUUGAAGUGAAGCUGCAAAGGAAUGCACUUAGCGUACUGGAGCAUCCAACGGGGAACGAAGUGGGAGAUGAAGACGAUCUUGAUCUGUACAACAGCAGUGGCUCUGACAUUGGUGAAAAGGACCAUGAUUUCUAUAACGGCAGCCAGUUCCACAGAUUCAGCAAGCCUAGAGUUCGUCCGGCAGCAGCAAAGCACUCGUCCUGCUAUCCACCUGCAGCGGCUCCAGCAGCUAAGUCGACGAAUCACAUCAGUUUUAGGGAUGUUCAGUCAAUUAUCCGUUCAUCUCAGAGAAAGGUGAACUUGGUGAAACUAGGGAAGGACUCGUUAUGGAGAUACUGCAAGCAUUACAAGCUAGCUGGCAUCAACAUAGAUUCACCGAGGGAACAGAUGCUCACCGUUGUGCAACAGCAUUUCCUUUCAAUGUUGCAGCAGCGACUGAACGAGAAGGACGUGAUCAUGGGAAUCGUCAUGCAUUCAGCCAGGAGACGGAAACAGUUUGCAAAACCACCAGCCGCGAAGUGAGACGAGACUGAAUCAGUGAUGGAAGGCUGCUACUACUCAUUGUAACUAUUAGGAGAGUGAUAAUAACCCUAACCAUCUUUAUUUAGAUCAGGUCUAAUUGCAUGUGCUGAUGAUACUUGGGAGAUGACCUUUCUUUGCUCCUCUCCCUGGAUUCCAGAACUGACCAAUUUGCCAAUUUGGUCCCACCUUUCAUGUCCAUGGUUGGCUAUGAGAACUCUAGGUAUUUAUCAUAGGCUUUCUGAAGAACAAGUACUGCAUCGUGAGAGCAGUUCGCUGUAGAUAUUUUGUUGAUAUGAUGAGAUCAGUAUUUCCCAGGUUGAUAUUUCUUUUCUGAAAUCGGCAUACGUUCUCAUGAUCAUAAUUGUCUUUGAUGAAUUUGUCCAUUUCAAUCGAGGAAAGCUUUCUUUCUCCCUCACAGAUCAAUCUCAAACCUCAAUGCUUGCAACUUGCAAGACAUUGUGGUUUCACUCUCAUGGCGAUUACAGGAAUUAGCUGAUUGAGUGGCGAAACAAAGUUAACCCAAAACUCACACGAUCAAAACAAGGGAAUAUGAUAUGAUUUCUCCUCUCCACAGGGAAAAAUGGUAACUUCAAUCCCUUACAGCCAUGCGAAUAAAACCCUAAUCCCAAAACCAAAACACAGGGGGGAAAACCCUAGACGAAAUCUUUCUAAGAACAUAAACCGUUCGCCGCCACGGGGGGGAUUUUUCAUACCUCGUCCUCGUGGAGAAGCAUGUUGGGGAUCCCUUUGCUCACCGAGAAUUUCCGGCCGGUCUCCGGGCAGACUAACGCCCCUUCCUCGAGAUGAAUCUCCAGAAGCGCGUGGUGGAAUUUGCCCAGGAACUCUUCGGACUCCAGCAUCGACUCCUCCGCCUCCUUCGGCAGCUCGGCGUAGCCCAGGGACCUGGCGGCGUCGGAGAGGGCUCUCCAUUCGAUCUUGGAGAAGAUGUUUCGGAGGAAGUCCGGGUUGAGAUCGACUUCCUUAUGGAUCACUUUCUCGGCCUCGAUUCGGAGCGGGAAGCCGUUGACGACUCCCUUGAUGUUGGAGGAGAGCAUGUUGUGAGUCAGUAGCCUCAUCGUGCCUUUUUUUCUCCGUCUCGUGCCGUCGUCUAGAGGCGCCGCGGCGACGAUAGAUUUAUUGAGGGUCAGUGGCGGCUGGGGAAGACGGAGCUUUGUGAAUCUGAAUUUCUCAAAUCGAAUCACGGCGAAGGCUAGGAAGUGGAGUAGCUGAUAUAAAGCGCAAGUGGAAAAGCCGAAAAGCUAAACAAAAAGCCCAAGCCUAAGCUCAAG